UUGUUAACGCGAUAAACGAGAACGGGAUUUCUGACGACCGGGGUUUUCAUUCAUCGGGUUCCUCAGAUUAAAGGAUGGCUACUGCGGAGGUCCGGCUCAACCACACCAUCUACAUCAACAACCUGAAUGAGAAAAUCAAGAAAGAUGAGUUGAAAAAGUCGCUGUACGCCAUCUUCUCGCAGUUCGGACAGAUUUUGGACAUCCUGGUGGCUCGGAACAUAAAGAUGAAGGGUCAGGCCUUUGUUAUCUUCAAAGAGAUUAACAGCGCCUCCAAUGCGCUGAGAUCCAUGCAGGGGUUCCCCUUCUACGACAAACCAAUGCGUAUCCAGUAUGCAAAGACAGACUCUGACAUCAUAGCUAAAAUGAAAGGGACUUACGUUGAGCGUGACCGCAAAAAAGAGAAGAAGAAGACCAAAGGACCUGAUGCCACUGGACCUAAGAAGGGUGUAGCAGGAGGUGCUGCACCCAUGGUCGCUGGUGUGCCUGCUGCCAUGCCUGGAAUGCCUCCAAUGAGCCAGGCACCCCGCAUGAUGCACAUGCCAGGCCAGCCGCCUUACAUGCCCCCUCCAGGCAUGAUGCCACCUCCAGGGAUGGCGCCUGGCCAAAUGCCCCCUGGUGCCAUUCCUCCUGGUCAGAUGAUGCCUGGACAAAUGCCCCAGCAGGUUGCAGAAAAUCCACCCAAUCACAUCCUCUUCCUCACCAACCUUCCAGAGGAGACCAAUGAGCUCAUGCUCUCCAUGCUCUUCAACCAGUUCCCAGGGUUCAAGGAGGUGCGUUUGGUCCCGGGACGCCACGACAUUGCAUUUGUGGAGUUUGAGAACGAGGUGCAGGCCGGCGCUGCACGAGAUGCACUACAAGGCUUCAAGAUCACACAAACGAAUGCAAUGAAGAUUUCAUUCGCUAAGAAAUGAGCUCUCAGGAACAGUCGUCUUCCUAUGUAAAAGCAGGCCUUUGUUUUUAAAAUUUGUACAGCAGUAAACUAGGCUAUGACCGUACUCUUAGAAAUUGACUUCCGGGGUUACACGUAAGUAUGCACCAAGCUGCUGUUUUUUUAAUUGUACCAUAUUGACAGAACUCUUUAAAAUAAUGGAUUAAAAGUGUGAAGUUUUGUAUCUUGUUGACAUUAACGUUUUUGGCUUCACACCCAAAUCCACAAGCAAUGUGAUUUAUCUAUUUUUUUUUUUUUCCUUCUUCUUUAACUGUUUGUCAUAAAGCAUUGCACCCAGAGUCUGGUUUACCAGACAUUGUACCUGGAGCUUUUGUUUCUUUUUUUAAAUAAAAUGUUUGAGUUUUCUGUGCCUCA